AUCAACAAUAGAAGUUUCAACUAAUCAGCUUACUAGGAUGAAGCCUGCAACGGUGGCACUGCUCAUUUUGUUGAACAUGAUGUGCAUAGUUGCAUACUUUGAUCAUGGAACGAUGGCUGAAGAAACCACCUUGCUGGCAAAUUCGUAUGGAAGAAAUGAAGGAACCAAGGGCAUACAUCAUGGAAGAAAGCUGAUGGACAAUAGUAUUGGUUCAAACCGUGAGUAUUCAAUCGAUGAUAUGUCUCAUCCAAAGGCACCACAUACUGAGCUCAAGCAACCCUCAUACUUAGCUCCUGGUUGCUCAAGCAACCCUCUCAAGCAACCCUCAUACUUAGCUCCUGGUUGCAUUCCCUAAAGUUCAUGCAUACAUAUAUAGCCUUCCACUCAUCAUAUGCUGGUAUCCGAUCUAUAUAUAGACACAUAUGAUAUGUUGCAUAUCGCCAGGUUCUCAGAUCAAGUCCCUUGUGUAGUAUGAGUGGAAACCUAUCUAAAUAAUGUGUGUGGCUUCUGAAAUAUGUGGUGUUAUUGUACUGAGCUAUGCUCAAUAGUAAACAACAAAUUAUUGAAAUAUGUCACGUGUGCGAUAAUAAAGUGACUUCGACAGACCCAUAGCUCUUUAUGUGAUGUAUUUUCAAAUA